UCCACACCUGUUAUGGAUGCAUCAUAGUGAUUUCCCACAAGUUUUUUUUUUUUCUAUGAUUUCUCAUUGCAGAUAUAAAGGGCAACGAACAAAUUGAAAAAAAUCUUCUUGCAGUUUGGCUUUUGAUACUGGCAGCUCAAGAAUGGACAGAAAACAAGGAAAAUAUGUAGUGAAUGUUGAACUCUCUGGAAAUCAGCCGCCAAGCACGUGUCCAAAUGACCAACAGGCUCAUAGUUCCACAUCCUUGUGUCCACCUUCUAAUGACGUAACCGCUGAUGGCUCCUCCAGCUUAUCUGGGGUGUGGGUGAGCCCAGGAAUCACUGCUCAUUCACAAUGCCCACACCCAGAAUUAUCCACUAUACAGGUGAAAGGAAAUAGCGGCAGUGACUGGUCUCUGUGGAAAGUUUUCCUGGUCUGCCUCUUAGCCUGUGCGAUAACAACAGCAAUUGGAGUCCUCGUAAUAUGCCUGGUGAAUAAUCGAGGAAGUAAUUCCUCCGUUGUUAUCCAGCUACCCACAAACAGUGGAGGGGUGGUAGAUAGGGAAUCUGGAACAGCCUCUACUACUUCCCAACCUACAGUGACCACCACUUCAACUGAACCUUCAACUAUCACCACUUCAACAGAAUCUACAACCACAACGGUCACAACCAGUUCUUCAACUCAGCCUUUAACCACAGCACCCCUCACCACAACUUCAAGUAGAACCAGAUAUAUCACCACUGCCACAGAAUCCAUGGGUACGGUGGCUCCUCCAUAGCUAUUAUUUGAAGAGCCACAACCAUCACUUCAUAGGAAUCUACCCUCUCUACCCGACAACCUAGCUCACAACCACAGCAGCUACUCCUACCCCUUGAAGUUGAACAACAGCUGGUGCCACUUUAUCAGACUUGCUGUUGUGACUUCAUAGCACCAAAUGCUAGUGCAACUGAUGCUUAGCUGACAGCCAGAUCCUCACCUCCACCAUCUUUUCAACGAAACCCAUGGCUACCUGUGCUUCAAGUGAAAGUACAGCUACUACCACAUCCACUUAACCUACAACUACAGGAACUUCUACUUACUCUACAAUAAGUGUUGAUUACCCUCACUAGGAAUCACAAAUGCCGCCAUUAACAUUUUAACCUUAACUAAGUUACUAUCAGUCACCAGAACAAUCUCUUCUAUCUCAUUAACCUUUAGUCAUUACAACUACAAAUUAGCCUAAAAUUAUUCCCCACAUUGACUUUCCUGAGAAUUUAUAUUGGACUACUUCUUCUACAGGAGCUGAAUCUGUAUCAUUGCCAUUACUAAGUUACCAUGAUGCCACCAUGGACCGUGGAUAAUGGAAUAAUUACCCCAAUUUUUAUGAAGUCAACAAUUAGGAUUUAUAAAAUUAUUAAAACUGUUUUAGAAUAAUAGCAGUUAAGCUAUAAGAAUCUGAUCUUGGUUCUCUAGUUCCAAAUAAUAUAUAGCUUUAUAUAAAAAAGUGACUAUUUGUUUGCUAGAAAUCAUCAUGAGAUUUUAUAUGAAAUGUUAUACUAAAAUUAGCCAUUUGGAUUUUAAUAUAUAUUGGUUUCAGUUCAGAACGUUGCAUUUCUGUGUACACAAAUUACAUGCAUAAUGAACAGGGAUUUCAUAUGCAGGGGAUUUAAACAAAUUUAUACAGAAAAAUAUUAGAAUUUAUAACAAUUAUUUCUUCUAGGGUGAAUUUUGUUAUGUUUUUUUCAAUUUCUGUUUAUAUUGUAACUUGCUUUUAAUCAAUCAUAUUCUUUUUUUGGACUAAUAUUACUAAAAGUGCAUUUGGGUUUUUAAAUUUGUAUUUUAAAUUACUUUCUGCAAUAUUGUAAGUCACUCAAUUGACAUUUCUUGAGUCACGGCUGGGUACUACAGCACUGAAAAGGUAUACCAGAAGAAAAGAAAAUGCACAUUAACUAAUAAAUUCAUUAAUUUAGAGUGUUAAUAUUUAAUUCUUAAUGACUUUGGAAGGUUUGAAUUAGAACUGAUAAUGAUGCAGACUUUCUAAAUCAGGAUCUUAGAUUGUAACUAGUAAUCUGUACUUAAAAAACUGUAUUGAUAUUUAUAAUAUUCAGGGAGUUUGAGAACUAAAGAUUAGAAGGUCGUAGUCUUAUAAUGACAUUAGUUAGAGUGGUGUACAUUAAAAUUAAAAAUGUUAAAAUCAGAACUGUGUUCCAAGCAGGCAAGAAAGAGAAUUACAGAAUUAUAGAUCUAGGUAAGCUCCAAAUCAUCUUCAGCAAUUUAGUGAGGCCCAAAGCAACUUAGCAAGACCCUGUCUCAAAAUGAAAUAUAAAAAAGGUUGAAGAUAUGGCUCAAUGGUAAA